AUGGUUCACGUGAAAUCUCGUCCUCAUACUGUAGAUCAUGAUUGUUGUACUAAGGAUAUGAGUGAUCUGCUUGCCAACUCCAAUAUACUAGGGCAUUCCUUUUGUGGAAAAAGUUUCAAAGAGCUUUUUGAGCAGUUGUAG